AUGGAGGGAAGCUAUACUGGAGGAAAUGAGAGCAUUAGAAAAAAAAAAGAGAUUUGGGAGAUUUUGGACCUACCGAAAGGAAAGAAACCAGUGGGAUGCAAAUGGAUUUUCAAUUUGAAAUACAGAGCUGAUGGGAUAAUAGAACGAUACAACGCUCGGUUCAGCAAGGUAACUGAUGGAAAUAGAGUAUGCAAACUCAAAAAAUCUCUAUAUGGGCUCAAACAGUUACCGAGGGCAUGGUUUGAUAGAUUCGCAAAGGUGUUGAAAAGAAACAAUGCAGCAGAGACUGAAAGAUUAAAAAAGUGUUUUGCCACAGAAUUCAAGGUGAAGGAUCUAGGACAAACGCGAUACUUCUUGGGAAUAGAGUUGGCCAGAUCAAAAAAUGAAAUAUGUGUUUCACAAAGAAAAUAUGUUAUUGAACUUUUAACCGAAAUCGGCAUGCUAGGUUGCAAGCCAAAUGACAUGCCUGUCGAAAUCGAAAAGAAACCUGAAGAGGUUGGAAAUGAUGUGGAAAGAGAUGGAUACCAAAGAUUAGUUGGGAAGUUAAUACUUGUCACAUACUAG